UGCGUGGCAGCUCUUGGUCUGGUGUGAAUGUGUAACGAGUUAAAGUGAGGAUGGAAUUAGAGCGGAAAUAGAGGCAAAAGAGUACCAUCUCCUGUUCACUUCUAUCUGCUGUUUAAAGCACACUGACGCUCUGUACCUGCGGUGAGGACGACUUCUAUAUUACCUAGAGUGUUGUCUGGAAGCUCAAUAAAAAGAGAGGGAGUGGAAAGUAUAAGAAUGUCCUGCUGGCUGGGAAUAUUCUCACUUAUCAAGCUGCUUGAAUGAUCAGGACUCCACGAUGCCUUCCAGCAGACGAAUGAAUCUCCUUUUUAUGCUCCUGUUUGGUCAAGUUUGGUCUAUUUUAGCUGUGCAGGAGAUUCAGACAGAUCAUGAAACCAUUAUGAAGAUCAAUGCUGCUGGAGAAAUGAUGCAGUGCUCAGCAGCCAUGGAUAUUCUCUUUGUGAUGGAUGGCUCAUACAGCGUUGGGAAGGGAGGAUUUGAACGAUCACGGCACUACAUGCUAAAGCUGUGCGAGGCUCUUGACACAGAUAAGGUGAGAGUUGGUGUGGUUCAGUGUGGCUCCACACCCAGACUGGAGAUCAGUCUAGACUCCUACAACAACAAGGAAGACCUGAAGAAGCGGAUGAAGAAAAUCCACUAUAGAGGUGGCAGCACACAGACAGGUCUGGCUCUCAAGUUCGUUGUGAGGAAGGGAUUUUCCGGCAUACGUAAUUCCACAGUGCCACGCGUCGCCAUCCUUUUAUCCGACGGAAAGUCCCAGGGUGCCGUGCAGCUGGCAGCCUCAGAGCUUAAGCAGUCUGGGGUGGUUCUGUUUGCGGUGGGCAUACGUUACCCCAGGUGGGAAGAGCUUCGUGACGUGGCCAGUAGUCCAUCUGAUGCUCACGUGUUUUUUGCGGAGCACUUUAGCGACGCUGUGAACGGAUUGCUCACCGCCCUCACCGCCUCAUCAUUCUGCACCGCCGUUCCUGCAGGGUGUAAGGUGGAGUCAUAUCCAUGUGUGCAGAAAACCCUGGAAACGGUCAGAGAGCUUCAGGGUAACUUCAUGUGCUGGAAAGGGUCCAAAGGAUACUCGCCAUAUACCUCCCUCUGCCCUCAUUACAGGUAUAAUAGAGUUUACAAGCAGCACCCUGUGGUCUGUCACAGAACAAUAUGUCCAGACCCCUGCGACUCACAGCCAUGUCAGAACGGAGGGAAGUGUAUUUCCGAGGGCCUCGAGAAAUACCGCUGUGAAUGCCCCGCGGGCUACGGCAGUGACCCCAACUGUGCUCCCGUUCUGAGCUUCGACUGCUCCGUGGACGUUCUCUUCCUGGUGGAGGGCUCCACGGCUCUCACACUUGAGGGCUUCUUGCGGUUCAAGUCCUUCCUCAAACGUUUCAUGCAGGCCGUGCUGAGUUCCGACACCCCAGUGAAGAUGGGUUUGGCCCAGUAUGGCAGUGACAUGAAGAUGGAGGUUAAAAUCGGAGAGCACAGAGACCCAGCGAAGCUGAUCCAGGCCGUCGAGGGUAUGCAGCACCGAGGUGGACAAGCCAAGACCGGAAAUGCUCUACGAUACAUCACACGCCACGGUUUUCAAAGCUCGCCCAUCUUCGCCGACGUCCAGGACGACCUGCCGCGAGUGGUGGUGCUGCUCGCGGGAACGCCGUCGGUGGACGCCGUGGUGGAGCCGGCGAAGUACGCCCGAGACAGAGAGAUCUUCAUCAUCGGUGUGGCGCCAGAAGGGAUGCGGACUGAGAUAAACAACAUCACCGGGAACCCUCAGCGCACCAUCACGUAUCAGUCACCGGAUAGAUUGAGCACUAAGAUCCCAGAACUCAGAGCCAAAAUUUGCAGCGUGGACAACCAGGGUUGUUUGGGUCAAGCGUUGGAUCUUGUCUUAGUACUGGACGCCUCCAGCGAUGUGGGGAAAGACAAUUUCGUCCACCUUCAAGACUUCGUACGAAGCACCUCUGUGCAGUUUGACGUCAAUCGGGACUUGGCUCAAGUUGGGCUGGUGGUCUACGGAAGGAGACCUGUUACGGUUUUUGACCUGGACAAAUAUGAUUCGGGCUCCGCUGUGCUGAAGGCAGUGGGAGACGCGUCGUAUCUGGCUGGGAAGGCUUCGACUGGCUCCGCCCUGCUUCAUGUGCACUCCCACAGCCUGACGGUGGGGAAGGGGGCACGGCCGGGGGUCAACAAGGCCGUGGUGGUGUUGACCGACGGGACGGGGGCGGAGGAUGCUGCAGUUCCCGCCCAGAAGAUCCGUGAUGGGGGCGUGUCUGUGUUUGUGAUUGGCAUCGGGGACAUACAGCAGGAGGUUCUCCUCCGCAUCGCUGGCUCUGAAGAGCACAUGAUCUCUGUGCCUUCCUACGAUGACUUAAAAUAUUCAGAGGAUGUGCUGGUGCAGAUGGUGUGCGCAGAUGUAAAGAAACCGGUUAAUCUGUGCAGUCCAAACCUCUGUAUGAAUGACGGUGUCUGUGUACGGUCCAACGGCAGCUAUCGCUGUGAAUGACAGGGAUGGAAAGGCCCCCACUGUGAAACACGAAUCAGAGAGCAGCCGUCCAGAGGAGAUCUCCCCAAACCUGCAGCUCUGAGGCGCCGUCUGCACAAGAGUGAGAAAGAGCUACUGCAACGCUAUCGAGCGCAUCGCAGGAGACACAUAUCCAGAACACAGAACACAUAAACAGAUCAACGUACAAGUACAUGUCCAACAUCAUGUAUAUAACCAGACGGAGCCACAGUUCAGUAAUACAAGAUCUUCUCCAUGAAAAUAGCAAAAGCGUGACAAACAGGACAACAUCACUGCAGCUAAGGAAGAUCCAACACGAACAGUGUUCGUUCUCUAAACCGCCAGUUACUUCACUUGACAUUCCCUUGCACUUUUCUUAAGCACAUACUGAUCUGUGGUGAACUCUCUAGACAACACUCCAAACAAAAAGUGUAUCUGUUAUUGCAUAAAUUGUAUGAAUUUUGGUGCCUUAAAUGGAAUAUUUUUUUAUACAUGCAAGCAAACAACGUUAAGGGUGUGGUAACCGUUUGUAUUAAAACAGAAUAUCAGAGGAUUGUGUUUGAUGGAGUAUUGGAGAUCCUUAAUGAACAUGUUUUCUAUCUGUUUUGUUUGGAAAGCUUUGUGUUACAAUAAGCUACAG